AUGGCAGCAGAUCACGGCGAGCUGCUGGCUGAGAUGUCCACCAUUGGGCGUCUGAGUGCCACUGAGCGCCUGAAGCACGCCCAGAAGCGAAGGGCGCAGCAGCUGAAGGCUUGGGCACAGAUGGAGAAGGACACCGCACGAGGAUCAAAGGCCAAAGCAGAUAAGAAGAAGGGGCGGACCAUAAGAGUGAAGUUCCCCAAUGCUGUCACCCUGCUAGAUGCAGCUGCACGCAACGAUGUGGAUGAGGUGAGGGAGCUGUUAAACAAUGGUAUCAGCCCAGAUCUGGUCAACGAGGAUGGACUGACAGCCCUCCAUCAGUGCUGCAUUGAUGACUUUGUGGAGAUAGUUCAGUGCCUGCUGGACGCUGGCGCCUGUGUGAACGCCAGUGACAGUGAACUGUGGACACCACUGCACGCUGCUGCCACCUGUGGACACACCGGACUGGUGCAGCUCCUGAUUCAGGCUGGGGCUAACCUGAUAGCUGUCAAUGCGGAUGGUAACAUGCCCUAUGACCUCUGUGAGGACGAGGCCACCCUUGAGCUGCUGGAGAUGGUUAUGGCUGAGCAGGGGAUAACUCAGGACCGUAUAGAUGAAUGCCGAGGGGCUAAAGAGAUAGGCAUGCUGGCUGACAUCCAGGCUCUGGUUCAGAGUGGAGUGGACUUAAACACUCAGGAUAAUAAUGGAGCAACACUGCUCCAUAUAGCAUCUGCUAACGGCUAUGUGUCUGUGGCAGAGCUGCUGCUAGAGCACAGGGCAAAGGUGGAGGUGAAGGAUUGUGAUGGCUGGACGCCACUACACGCUGCCUCCUGCUGGGGACAAAUCCCAAUGGUGGAACUGCUGGUGGCACACGGAGCCAGUCUAAACACAAAGUCUGUCCUGGAGGAGACACCGCUGGAUGUGUGUAUGGAUGAGGAGGUCAGAGCCAAACUGAUGGACCUGAAGCACAAACACGAUGCCAUCAUGAAGAGCCAGGACCGGCAGAAGGGCACACUGCAAAGACGAGCGUCCAGUACUGGAAGCAGAGGUAAAGUGGUGCGUCGCGUCAGUGUGAACGAACGCUCCAGUCUGUACCGGCGGGAGCACCACAAAGAGGCCAUGGUGUGGCAGGAGCGCGGCCGACAGCCAGAACCACAGGACGAUGAUGAGGACAGACAAACGAACAAUGAGCUAAACCAGCAUGCCACCAUGGCUGCUGGGAGUGCAGCCACGUCUCGUGUAGAGGAAAUAGAGACUCCAGACAGGAAAAUCAUGUCCAGCCUCGGGAAUGGAGGGACCUCUGUUUCUCUGGUCUCCUCUGUGCCUGGAGAGCUGUGGAGCAGUGGGGGUCCUCGCAGCGCAUCCUACCAGCUCAGUCCUGCAUCUGGAGCGGGGUUAGCAUCUGGGUCUGCAGAGGGCGAUGGGUCAAACAGUAUGACUCGAGAGAAAUCCCACCAAACGCUGGCUGACCUGAAACGCCAGCGGGCAGCUGCCAAGCUCAACAAGUACCCAGCACCUCAACCACCUUUGCCCUCUCCCGUAGAGGAGGAGCCUGUUUUAGAAGCCGAGGUGGCGACUCCUCAGGUCCAGAGGGAGCUCCAAGGGACAGUUAGCACAGAGCAGGUAGCCUCCCCCAGCCAGGUGUACUUCACCCCAGCCAGCGGAGAUCCUCCACUACUGAAACUUAUAGCCCCUGAAGAGGAACAGUCAAACAACAAGGACCCUUGCUGUGGACUCAUGUAGAAAGCCGCACACACACACACAUGCACACACACACACACACACACACACACACACACACACAACCCCACACACACACUGCCUAUAGAGUACAGAAGUGGGGCAUGUUACACUCCAAAGUGGCAAAAACAUUUCAAAACAGAUACUUUUUGUUCCCAAUUUAAGGCCUAAUCCCGAUGAGGGUUUGAUCUGCACUGCAUUUCGGAGAUCUUUUUGUUCCCCUUGUUUAUCUUUUUUAAACAAUCUGAUACAUUUUUUACACAACGGUCCCAGCAUUCCCACUUGCUGCCUCUUAUUUAGAGGCUGCAUGAUCUAAUGAUGGUCAAAUGUCCAUCUAGUGACUGAGAGGAGAACUACAGGUCCCAGUGUCUGCUGUACUCAGUCUCUACAGUCAUUAGUUUACAUCCAUUACUUCACUACUCAAAUAGACUGAUGUUUCAUUGAAAUGCCUUAGAAUCAUAUGGAAGUUGAAUUAUAUAUUUAAAGCUGAAUGAAAUUAACUUGCAUCUCAAGAUUUAUUUUAAAUUAAGAAUGAGUGAAUGAGGUUUAAGUCCUUUUUUUUGUGUAGAGAAUGACUGGUUUGAAGGUGAAUCUAUUCAUACAUAUACUCACAUUUAUUACAAGUAAAAUAUUUUUAUGGUUGGCAGAUUGCUCAGUUAUGAUAGUUUCAGUAUGCAGUACAGCUACUCUGAAUUAAUAAUGAAUUGACAUUUAGACAAAGUAAACAAGGAAAGUUUCCUUGCUUUUUUUUUUUGACUGAAAAUGUACUGAAUUGUUUGCUUUCGUCACUUUUACAAUGCACAAAAUGCCUACAUGUCAAUAUCUGAAAAGGUGCAAUUUGUAAAUUGUGUUUUUCUUGAAAACAAUGUGAGUUAAUUUAUAAUUAAAUCCACAGAUAAUUUACUCAGCCCAUCAUUAUCACUUCUAGAUUUCUAUUUUGAUGUCAGUAUUUGUAUUUUUCUACCCUCUGAAUGAAAUCACAUUAUUUAUUCUAUCUGAUGCUGAAUGUGGCUCAUGGUGUACAGAUCUUGUACCAUUUUUUUGAAAGAUAAAUAUAAUUCUGUAAAGAACUACAAUAGGUUUGAGGGCAAGACAUUUUUUGACGAGAACUAUCAAAGAGAUGAUAUAUAGUUUUAUUGUCAAACUAGUAAACUUGUCAUAUGAUUUAUCAAAGGUUGGUGCCUUUUUUAAGUGGCAGAUAUAAUUUAGGUUUGCAAUGCUUGCACAAAGUCCCAUGUGUAAAUUUGGUGAGCAGUGGGAUAAAAUGAUCAGACGUGGACUCCAGCUGUCAAUGCACUUGAUUUCUUUACUGCAUUUUCAGCUUUGUAAGUGAUUUUUUUCUGAGCCCUGUUUAGACCAAACAAAACAUAAAGAACUUUGUUUUCAGAAAUGAUUUUUGUAUUUUUUUUAAAGCCAGUGAUCUUAUUUAAUGGAUGUGGACAUUGUGACUGGUUAUGUUUUUGAUCUUUUUUUUUUGA